AUGCUAUUUCAGCGUCUCGUGCAACUCUGGACCCUCUACGUAUGGCCCUACCUGCGAAUCGCGUUCGGUGGAGACAAACGCAGCGCCGCUCUGUUUCGCGUAGCGCUUGCGAUUACCGUGCUGGGCGAUGUUGUCGAUCGCGCCAACGAUCUCGAAGCACACUACACCGAUGCUGGCGUUCUUCCUCGAGGGCUCGUGUUGGAGAAAUUCACCAACGCUACGUGGCUCUCCCUGCACAUGUGGGGAGGCAGCUGGUGGGCGAUGGCGAUUAUGUUUGCCAUCCAUCUCAUGGCGGCAACGGCGAUGCUGGUCGGGUGGCACUCGCGCAAGGCCGCCUUCUCGGUGUGGCUCCUGACCACCUCGCUUCAAUCUCGCAACAUCCUUGUUCUCCACUCGGGUGAUGUGCUUCUUCGCCUGAGCCUCUUCUGGGCUCUCUUCCUUCCCCUUGGUGACGUGUUCUCCCUCGAUGCUGCCUUCAAGAAGCGACAUGGUACAUCCAGAGCCUACACCUCCUCAUCUUCGCCGAUCCGUUCCAUUUUCGCCUCGCUACUCGGCAGCGCCGCUGCUUCUGAGUCGCCGUCGUUCGAGAUGGAGCGGAAGGAGGCGCACGAUCGAACGUUCACCACGCUCGUCGGGUCGCCACAGCCCUCACCCAGCGAUCGGUACUCGUUCAUCAACGCGGGCACCCUCGCAGUGGGGCUGAUGUACUUCACGUCAGUCUACCACAAGACUAGCGAUCAGUGGUCAGUGACGGGCACGGCGACCUACUUUGCGCUGCAGCUGGACUACUUCCGAAUGCCCAUGGCCGACUUGAUGCUCGCCACUCUCCACCCGCACCUCUUGCCCUACUUCACCUUCGCCGUCUACUACUGGUUCAUCACUCUCAAGUCCCUCUCUUGUCUGAUCGCGCGCACUGCCAGGGAGUGGCUGGGGUCCUUCUGCAUGGUGUUCCCCUACAAGACGGGAUUCAUGCGCUUCUUCGGCGUCGUGGGCUACAUGUUCAUGCACCUGGGCUUCGGCCUGUGUAUGCGGCUGGCCACCUUCUUCUGGGCCGCCGAGGCCGCCCUCUGCGUGCUCCUCCCCGCUUGGUUCUGGGACGAGUUUCUCUUCAAAUAUGUCCUGCCCAAGACGCCCGAACGGACACAGUUUGAGCUGUUUUACACGAAGAGAUCGCUCUUCCGGUUUCACGAGCGUUUCGCCAAGGUGGUGGGCACCUUCUGCUUGUUUCCUGAGACCGAGGUCAAGCCGCUCGAUGAGCUCCGCAUCGACGAUGACGCCACCGACAGCUAUCAGGACGAAGAGGAGAGGGGUCAUAAUCGCUCACAACAUAGCGGUGCCAGUGCACGUUCGUUUGCCGACCUGGUCGAUGCCUCGCUGGUUGCCGUCGAUCACCAGGGCCACGUGCAUCAGGACUUCAGGGCUGUGGUGAGCCUGUGCUACGCAUCGCCCGUGUUGUGGCCGCUCGGCUGGCUGCUCACGCGCCUCACCAACUCGAACACCCUCUCCCGCCACUUUGUGCGCUUCGGCUUCUGCCUCAACGUCGUCGUCGAGGCCUCCCUCCACUUUGUGCUCGGCCCGCGUCUCCAUGCACUCCGCCACGACAUCAAGCUGAAGCGCGCCAGCGACCGCCAAGACUCUGCCGAUACCGGCGCGAACCAGUGGGGCGGCGGCAAGCGCAACUCGUCCUUCCACCACAAGAAAAACCAUCAGCGAUUCAGCAUCAGGCACCUGUUCACGCUCAGGACCAUGAACUGUCUGCUGCGGAAUCUAUUCUGUCUCUGGCUGGUCUACUUCGUAUUCGGCUGGAACAUGAACAACAUCGGCGUCUCUCGCUGGGUCCCGAAGCAAGGCAUCAGGUGGGUGGCCUAUACGUUGCACAUCGAUCAGGCGUGGAACAUGUUCUCACCGCACCCGCCCGACGCAUCCUGGUGGUACAUUAUCGAGGGCACGCUGGUGAAUGAGGAUAUCGUGGAAAUGCACAGAGACCGGGGAAUGUUCGAAUGGAAGGGCGUUCCACUCAAUGAUUGGUCGCCGCCAGCGUCGGUGCCGGACACCAUAGGCAAUCAUCGAUGGUUUAAAUUCUACGAGCAGGUCAACAACAACCAUGCGAACGCCGCCAUCCGACUCCACUGGGGUCGUUACAUCUGCCGGGAGUGGAACAAGCGGCACGGCUACUACGAAAGAGUGUACGAGUUCAAGAUCUGGUGGCUCAGCAGGCGCGUGUUCCUCGACGGCUCGCGCAAGGACCAGCCCAAGCAGCAGCUGUGGCACCACGUCUGCUACGACACCAAGCCCACCCUGCCCGCCCACUACAAGAAGCCAGCACCCCAGUAG